GAGCAAAGCGGCCUUCUCAGACCAGCAAGCAGGGGGCUGUUCCAGGUCCUUCCUCAGGACUGACCUCCUCCUGCCCAGGGAGGGGGAGGGGAAGGCGGGUUGGAGAUGCCUGAUGUGACACAGCCCUACCUAACGGCCUCCUUUAGGCUCCUGCAGGUGGUUUGGAAGCAGCUGGAGGAAUGAAUUAGGUCCUGGUUGUGGGAUUUUUUUUUUUUUUUUUUUUUAAGUCACACACAGACACAGCUGUUGAGCAAAAUGCAGCCUCCACAGAAAACCCAAAGCCUCAGACCCUUCAAGCAGAGGAAGAGUUUAGCAACCAGAAGAGAGGAAGUCGCUAGAAUCCAGGCGAAGUUCCCCAGCAAGAUCCUGACUCUUAACAGAGUAGUAGUGGAGCACUACCCCAGGGAGAGAUUCCUGCCCCCGCUGGACGAGACUCGGUUCCUGGUCCUGCAGGCACUGACCAUGACCCUCUUCCCCAGUGUCAUCAGGAGCCGCCUGGUCCUGGGGGCCUCUGAAGCCUUUUACUUGCUGGUGAACAAUAAGAGCCUGGUCAGCAUGAGUGUGACCAUGGCAGAGGUCUACAGGGACUACCAGGAUGAGGACGGCUUCGUGUACGUGACCUACGCCUCCCAGGAGAUGUUUGGCUGCCUGGGCUCUGGGAAGACCCUGCCAUCCUCUGCAGAGCAUGUCUGGAGCCUGGUGUCACCCCAUGUGGGUGGACUCCAUGUGGGCUCGGUCACUGGGAACCUCAGCCUGGGGACAGGUCUCUGGGGAAUCCCCGUGUGGGGCCUUAUGAACCCACUCAUUUGGGGGCAGGGGUCCUUAUCUGUGCCAUUCCCGAGAUGA